UACGGGACCUCGGCUGCCGCUCCCCCGGCACCUGACACUAGGAGAACCCGUGUUACCCACUGAUCUGAUUUUUCUUACCGCACGCGGGCGAAGAGCCCGGGUAUUAUUUUGGGAGAAUAAUACCCUGUUGGCCUGCUUGUGUUUACGAGAUAGCCUUUGCUACUCCUUCCGGAACGGGAGAACAGCCAGGGCCUAGUGCCUGCUAGAUGUCUGGGGCCCGGGCAGACGGAAGCUGCGGCCUAAGCUAAGAGCGGCGUAGCUACAGGAAGCCGCCCGUAGGCUGUUGAUGGCCGGACGCGUCCUGGGAAAGGCUUUAGCCACGGUGUCUUUCUCUGUGGUCUUGGUCUCUGUAACUGUCAGGUCCUUGGGCUGCCGCAGCAUUCCGGCAUACAGAAACUCAUUUUCAUCCUGUUGGUUUCAUCGUGACUCCAUCAUCAUGUCUGAUUCUAACGGUGCCAAAGAGAAUUCCCACAACAAGGCUCGGACAUCUCCUUACCCAGGUUCAAAAGUUGAACGAAGCCAAGUUCCUAAUGAGAAAGUGGACUGGCUGGUUGAAUGGCAAGACUAUAACCCUGUGGAAUACACUGCCUGCUCUGUCUUGGCUGGACCCAGGUGGGCAGAUCCUCAGAUAAGUGAAAGUAAUUUUUCUCCAAAGUUUAAUGAAAAGGAUGGACAUGUUGAGAGGAAAAGCCGGAAUGGCCUGUAUGAGAUUGAAAAUGGAAGACCUAGAAAUCCUGCAGGACGGACAGGAUUGACUGGUCGGGGGCUUUUGGGGCGAUGGGGCCCAAAUCAUGCUGCAGAUCCCAUCAUAACCAGGUGGAAAAGGGAUGGCAGUGGAAAUAAAAUCGCCCACGCUGUUUCUGGGAAAAACAUCUUGCAGUUUGUUGCAAUUAAAAGGAAAGACUGUGGAGAAUGGGCAGUCCCAGGGGGGAUGGUGGAUCCAGGAGAGAAGAUUAGUGCCACACUGAAAAGAGAAUUUGGUGAGGAAGCUCUCAACUCCUUAGAGAAAUCCAGUGCUGAAAAGAGAGAAAUGGAAGAACAGUUGCAUAAACUCUUCAGUCAGGAACAUCUGGUGAUAUACAAGGGAUAUGUUGAUGAUCCUCGAAACACUGAUAAUGCAUGGAUAGAGACAGAAGCUGUGAACUACCAUGAUGAAACAGGUGAGAUAAUGGAUAAUCUUACCCUAGAAGCUGGAGAUGAUGCUGGAAAAGUGAAAUGGGUAGACAUCAGUGAUAAACUCAAGCUUUAUGCCAGUCACUCUCAAUUCAUCAAACUUGUGGCAGAGAAACGAGAUGCACACUGGAGUGAAGACUCUGACCCUGGCUGCCAUGGGUUAUAGCUUGAAGUUUCCAUGUAAGCUAAAGGCCAACAAAGGACUGUGUGCUGAAAAGAAGGAACUAUCACAGGACUUGUACAAUAGAAAAGGCAACUUGGAAAUUAUUUUAUUCACUUCAGAAACAAUUUGUAUCUGAAAGUUUUGCAUCAGAAUAAUAUUAGCACAUACGAUAAAAUGGAACACAGAAUUUUCAACUUUCUAAUCAAAAGAAGAUGAGUAUUAAUAGUCAUAUUUUGCAUGUAUUAUUUUUAGGCAUGACUUAAAUGUAAACAACUGAUGCUCUUUGAAGAAUUAUAAUCAGUAUAAAGAUAAAUUUCUGGUCAGCCAUAACUUCUGCUUUCCAUGUAGUUCUUGUUUGUCAGUUCUUUUUUCCUCAUUGGUCUUCUGAGGUCUAAAGGAUGAAUCUGCCAUAGCAAGUACUUUAGGAAGAGCAACACCACUGGAUGUAUCAUUUAAUGUAUAAUGUCAUUUAUCUUUAAAUUAUUUGCUUCACAGUUUGCUUUAUAUGAUCUUGUUGAAGCUACUUUCAAAACUGGAAACUUUCUGUGUAUUAUUGACUUUAGAGACAUGAGUUUUAUGAGGAAAUUUCAGUCAUUUUUUUAUUCAAUAAAGAUGAAGAUCAGUGAAUUAAAAAACAUGUCCAGGAAAUUAGUAAUUUAAAUCAAUGUGUUUAGUUCACUGUACUGUAACUAUAUAUGUCAUUAAAAAUAGAUGUUCAGAAAGAAAUUGAGUCAGACAGGGCCAGAGGGAAGUCUUUGUUGGUUAAGUGUAUUUUUGGGAAUGGAAUGUUUAGAAUUGAAAUAAAUUUUUUUUAAUUUAA